GCACAAGUAUGUCAGCGCCCACUAAUCACAGAGCGCUCUCCACGAUCAUCACAGCUAGUAGUACUUGCCAACAAUCAGAGAAGUGAUUCCUAGCCAUGCCUGGAAAACUGAAGGUGAAGGUUAUUGAAGGUCGCAACCUUCCUGUCAUGGAUCGUGCCAGUGACCUCACGGAUGCAUUCGUGGAGGUAAAAUUUGGCAACACCACCUACAAGACGGAAGUAUUCCGUAAAUCGCUGAAUCCUAAGUGGGAUUCGGAAUACUUCAGGUUUGAAGUCGACGACGAAGAAUUGCAGGACGAACCUCUCCAGCUUAGGGUGUUAGACUAUGAUACAUACAGUGCUAACGAUUCAAUAGGAAUGGUGUACAUCGAUCUCAACCCUCUGCUCAUCUCUGCUGCUGUGACAGAAUUCUCUGGCUGGUUUCCUAUAUUUGACACAAUGCAUGGCAUACGUGGUGAAAUUCGAGUAACAGCCAAAGUUGACCUGUUCACUGACUUCAACAAAUUCAAGCAGUCUUCCUGUGGCAUUCAAUUUUACUGCACUGCCGGGAUUCCAUACGGUAUGCAAAUCCUCGCCGUCCACGGCUUCGUCGAGGAACUCGUUGUCAACGACGACCCUGAGUAUCAGUGGAUUGACAAGAUCCGCACACCGAGGGCUUCCAACGAAGCUAGACAGCGGCUCUUCUCAAAAUUAUCGGGAGAGUUGCAGCGUAAGAUCGGACUGAAGGUGUUAGAGUUGAAGGGUACGGCUGUCAUCGGAUACCUUCAGUGCUUUGACCUUGAAGGAGAAUCGGGCAUCGUCGUGCGAGGCAUCGGAACGGCCGUUACCCUCGCCCGGGGACCGCCUAGCAUGUCACAUUCCCCUAAUCUUCUGCAGGAGGACCUGAAGCAGUCCCCACUCCCCGAGGAAAGCGUGGCAUCUCCUACUUCGCCCGUCACCAUGGCGACUCCAGCCACUAUCUCCUCAUCUCCAACGAAAACCCACGAGGUUCUUUCUCAAAGAAGGCUGUCCGAUACCGAAACUGGCACUCCACCUAGAGGACAAGUUGUAGUAAAUGUGCCGCCUUCCACUGGGACGAGAACAAUAAGGCAGAGCUUGCCUUUACACCAACAACAACCGUUUGAGAUGCUGGAGUAUCCGUUUGUGACGAUGAAAUGGUUUCCACCUGGUUUUGUGUUGCAUAUCGGAGGUGUCGUUUCAGCAAGAUCUGUCAAACUUCUAGACAAGAUACACAACCCAGAGGAGCCGGAGACUAGAGACGCCUGGUGGAUGGAGUUGAGGAUGGAGAUGCGCUCUCACGCGAAAGCCCUGAGUUGUAACGCUGUACUAGGUUACUCUGAAUCCACCAGCAUCUGCGAGGAGAUAUGCGUGCUGUCGGCAAUAGGCACGGCCGCCAUCGUCAGUCUGAAGCCCCAGCUCGCAGACUCCGCAGACGCCGGCAUCCUGCAUCCUCCGCCGCCGACCAACCUUUUGCGCUCGGCAGAGAAGAAGGACGCCGUCGAGAAGGAGAGGGUGGAGAAGGUGCUACGCGUCGACGUUAACCUUGCCAAUGCUCACAAUGUCGACCAGAGCUGGGGAAGUCAGAGGAGCAACAGUGAGGAUGCUGCUAUCGGGUGUUCGUUGUGCCACGUUCCGUACACGGAGAAUAGUCUUCCAUUCCCUACGAACCUCAACAAGUGUGGCGUCUGUAGACAUAGUCUAGUGCCAGAUGUGCUAUUUACAACCCUGGAGCCACCAGAGGAGAUUCAGACGAUUGGGAAAGGCACACUCAUUCAGGCUAAGGUUUGCAGGGUAAAGAAAGAAGUUAAAGGCGAGCAGAAUGCUAAGGAAAUAAGUGAUAGGCUACCGUUUAUGGAGUACGAGUUACACAGGCGUCUGCUAACAACACUAAAGCUGAAAGGCAUGAAUGCCAUCUUCGGACUAAAGGUGGAAGUGUCGGUCGGUGACUUGCUGAUGGUUGGCGUUGCAACUGGAACAGCAGUUUAUGUUGCUGCUCUGCCUCCACCACAAAUACCAAAGGUCAAAGGUCAGAGUUCUGCAUUCCAGGCAGAGGACAUCCAAAAGGGUAUCAUAGAUACAUUGACCAGGAACAGAGAUCUCUACGAAUUAAACAAGGUUGUGAACACGGAGGCCGUUAUUCCGGCACCCGUGGAGCCGGAUAUGGAUGACGAAGAUGGCGACUUUCUUAUGCAGGGUCGCAAACAUGUAGUCGUGGAGAUCGACGACGACGAAGAUGAGGAGGUGCUGCUGUCGCUGAUACAGAAGCCGCCGCCUCUCCUGCAGGGCUUUGACACAUGCAACACGGAGUUCAUGCCUGGAAGCAGCAACAUCCCGUGUGACCUGCAGAUGUUUACCAGAGUAUGGAGGGGAAAGAUUUCUGGCACCAACCAAAAGCAUUUCUCCACGAUUCUCGACAAUCUGGUCAUGAACGUGUGCUUCCGGUUACGAAGGCUGACGCCCUGUGCGCUAUGUAACAUCUACUUCAACAUCGAUCUGCCAGGAGACAAUGACCUGCUGAUCUGUAUGGUGGGCGAAGCUGUGGGCAUCGGAGAACCAAACUCUGCUGCUCCCCCUGCUGGUGAUCUACUCAUGAAAGCGGGCAAUCAACAAGAGAACGACGAUGCCGAACUCCAGUUUGGGAUGGACGAAGUGAGUUGA